AUGCUCUCAAUUGUUUUUGGGUCGAGGGAAGUCACGUCUUGGUCGGGAAAGGGCGAGCGGGAACGCUCUCUGCGCUCGAACGAGAUUGUCCUUUGCUGCUCACCCUCGCCGUCUCUACGCGAGGGGCUGCGAUCGCGACCGAGAGUAGCGCUCUUUGAUUUGGCUGCCAUCGAAGACGCCGGUGCCUCAAGGAGGGAUGAUUUCUCUCUCCGCUCGAAGGACGCGGUGCGUCGCUCAUCACUGCCGCUUUUCUCUCGACCGAGAGUUGCGCUCUUGAACGACGGAGCGACCGAUCGCGGUGUGGUCUCCCUCUCACCCACGGUUCGCUCGAACGAGGUAGUUCGCUUCUCUGAUGCAUUUCGCUCAAACGACGUAGUUCGCUUCUCUGAUGCAUUUCGCUCGAAUGAGGUAGUAGUUCGCUUCUCUGAUGGAUUUCGCUCAAACGACGUAGUUCGUUUCUCUGACGCAGCUUGCUCCCGGCUAAUGGUUCUGCUCUUGAAGGACGGAACCUCUGGCAUUUUCUCUUUCUCUCUCUGCGUACGCUCAAAAGAGACCGUCCUUCUUUCUUUGUUCUCGCUGGAAGCACUCGGGUUGAGUUUUGGGGCUGUUGUUGACGACAGACAUGUUUUAGAGCUGCUGCCGUCCGUGGUGGUGACUUCUGGAGUUGACGAGGGCACCACUGAUUCCUGUGUGGCCGACAAGACGCCCGGUUCGCCCACGUCCUCCCCCCGAAGCGUGCUC